GUGGAAGAAAUAAUGCAUCACAUAUUUAUUCGUACCGGCUCGUUUUUUACAUGUGCAACGAAGCGUUAUUUGACAAAUAUUAGUGCGAUAUAUUAUGAAAGCGUUCAUGUACAAACAUAUCAAUUGUAAGGAUAUUUUGUGAACGGUUGACAUUAUAUUUAAUUCGCAUUUAUUGUAUAUUUUCAAAGUGAUAUCAUUAACAUGGAUGUAAGCUAUUAAAAACUAGAUGUAUACUUCUGUGCAGACAUUAUCCAAGGAUUGUAUAACUAUAUGCUCAUACGUACAGGUGACACUUAUUGAGAUUUAUAGCGCUCAGUAUACAUCAUACAAUUGUAAAUUCUCUUGGAUUGUUAUGAAUGUAACGAGAAAACAACUCAGCCAAUUAAAAGAUACGGUCUUUGAAACUUAACGAUAAUCAGCAAGUUCCUGUAACGUAGUAUGGUUGUGAGUAGCACGUUUUCUUUACGUGUUAUUUGAAGGUUCAGCCUACCUGUGGCGUAGUAACGAAUUGUUUCUCAUUAUAGCAUCCGAUAUUUACUUACUUAUUUACUGCAAUGGCAACUAAGAAUGACAGUGACCGUCAAGGAACGUAUUCAACAAAUAAAAGCUUUAACUUUGAUGCUCUGGACAAGCUUGGAUAUGCAAAGAGUCUUUCUGAAAAAAGAAUUCAGAUGUAUGAAAUGAUUUCCAAUAGUGGUACAGAGCUAAUAAGGCGUAGAACAAAUGAAGAUGUAGAUGUAACUGUUGCCGGGAGCCGCGGGGAAGGUAUGUGUGUUUCAUGUGACAGUGAUGCAGACGUUCUGUUUAUCCAGAGGAAUGUUAAGUGUACAGAUACUUUUCAAACUCCUUUCAUUUCGGACGAAACGAUAGCUGUGUUAUUUCAUCUUGAUUUUGAGAAUGUUCCAAUUGGAUAUUCAAAACUGCGAUUAAUGUCGUCUGAUAACUGUCAAUUUGUGCUUAGAAACAACGUUGAAUUCUUAACAAAUCUUAUAGAUGCUCUUGUUGAAAGAAAUGGUCAGAAAUACCUCAGAAAUGACAAGCCAACAACCCUUGUCUUUCGACAUGAUCGGAUCGGCUGGGUUAAGCAACAAUCUGUUUUUGACGAAGUUACCGGACCUGCAAGGACGUUAAGAAUUGAAAUGCCAAUGCUACCCGAAGUUUAUGUAUCCCUUGACUGCGUUCUUACAUUUAAAUGUGAAUAUCCAUCAGUGGUAGAAGACUGGUGUAAACGAGAACGAAAAUAUAGCUGGCCAAACAAAGACCUGGUCGAGAGGGUGAAGAAUUUAGACGUUUUAGUUGUACCUGCAGGAUGCAAGGGAAGUCCGGACGAAGACCUCCAAUGGAGAAUAUCUUUGACAUUAGCAGAGCAGGCGCUUGUACACUCAUUCAACGAUAUCCAGAUAAAACUAUAUGCUGCUUUGAAAAUGCUAGCAAAACAUGAAUUGAAGCCGAUAUGUGAAAACAUCACUUCGUAUAUAUUGAAGAAUUUAUUGUUCUGGACGUUUGAAAAUACCGACAUUAAUAACGUAACAAAGGACACCUUCGAUGAAACUUUGAUAGGAAUACUUGAACAUCUGAAGAUGUGUAUAACCUGGAAAUAUUUACAAAGCUACAUGAUUCCUUCCAAGAAUUUGCUACAAUCUAAAAUAUUUGAAAUUGAAAAGAGAAAGUUGAUUCAACGACUCAUAGACAUUAUUUAUGAAAAUCGCAGUUUGUUAAUAACAUGUCCCGUGGUAAAACAAUUAUCACAUUUAUCAAGCGAUGAACUUGAACAAAUGAUUGCCUUUAGAGAGUUAUUGGAACAGGAAUUCACUGCAGUAUGCUGGGUGAGUGCAACCCAUCCAGAAAUAACAGACAAGAUAUGGAAUAACACCGAGGAACCAAUGGAUGUUUUAAACACAAUUGUAGACAAAGUUUUCCCACUAAUUCGAAGACACAAUCCAGACAGACUUUUUGACCGCUUAAAUUCAAUUUCCAAAGAGGAUUUAUACUUCUGUUUUGUUAAUGGAAUUAUACGUGGCUACCAUAAGUCAUAACAGUAGUAAUAGUUCUGACUGCAUUCACAAUCAGUCGAUGGACAUGGAGGUCAUCAUGCCUGUUUUGUACUGAUGACCACUGUGAUGACCACUGUUGUAUAUCAUAACUUAUAUAUUCAGAAAUACGUUCAGAUAAUAGUGUACUUGACACAAUUGUGUUUCUUGUCACUUUAAAUUUCUUUACUUUAACAAACACACUAGUGUAUCUUUUUUACUACCUUUUGAAUCACAUACAACCCGCCAACACGUGUUGCUCAAAAUGGAAGCUUUCCGUUUGCCAUCCCCGCCCCAACACAAAACCAGUUCUUUCUGUUGUCUGGUCAGUGUAUUACCCUAGUAUCGUAAUUAUAAUGUUUCUGAUAUGGCAUUGUUUAGUUAUUCCUGAAAAUAUAUUGUCUGUAAGCAGCAAAAGUAACAGAAGAUACAGUGGUGUUUUACCCUGCUUUUGAUGCAAGUCACGGAGAGACUCAGAACCAGCUGCACUGUAAGUGAUCCUACACAGGUUUCAGUUACCACUCAUUGAAAGUAAAGUUUUAAUAAAAAUUUGGCUUGGCCUUGUGUUUCUUGUCAUUUCAAAUUCAUUUACUUUGACAAACACACUAGUGUAUCUUGUUUACUACCUUUUGAAUCACAUACAACCUGCCAACACGUGUUGCUCAAAAUGGAGGCUUUCCAUUUGCCAUCCCCGCCCCCACAUAACAGUUCAAUCUGUUGGCAUAGGAAAUGUUGUCUGUGGUUAGAUUAUAGAUGUCUGUCUUCAGGGCUGCUGCGAAGUUUGUGUUAAAAAAUCGUUUGUCAUUGAAGUGUAUCUGUCAUUGUAUGAGAACCAAUAAAGUCUGAAAUGAAAAACAGGGCAAAUGUUAACGUGAAGUGACGAUCAAAACAACACAGACAUGUUGCUGGAGUUCAACACAAUAACAAGAUACAAACCAGAAUGCAAAACAAUUACAAAAAGAUACUGUUUCUGCUAAACAGCUAUUCUAAAGCACCUGCUUCUCGCUCGGUUAGAAUGAUACUGUUAGACAGUUAGACAAUAAACAAGCUCAUCAAAAGUAAAAUGACGAGAAUAAUUUUUGUCGGUUAUCAGUCUGUCACUAAUUGACCAGACAGUCUAUAGGGACAUCUGGUCAGUGUAUUACCCUAGUAUCGUAAUCAUAAUGUUUCUGAUAUGGCAUUGAUUUGUUUAGUUAUUCCUGAAAAUAGAUUGUAUGUAAGCAGCAAAAGUAACAGAAGAUACAGUGGU